AUGAUGUCCAACGAUGUGACACGGUUUGACCAGCUGUGCCCAUUCUUCAACUUCUUGUGGAUCGCACCCAUCGAGUUUGCCGUUAUUUCAUAUCUGGCGUAUCGAGAGGUGGGCUACUCAGUAUUUACAGGCAUUGCUCUGCUGCUGCUGUUGAUCCCCUUUCAGGUGAUCUCAUCAAGGCUCUUCGUCUACCUUCGAA